AUGAGCGCAUCUUUGAAUUACAAGUCUUUUUCCAAAGAGCAGCAGACCAUGGAUAACUUGGAGAAGCAACUCAUCUGUCCCAUCUGUUUAGAGAUGUUCACGAAACCCGUGGUCAUUCUCCCCUGCCAGCAUAACCUGUGUAGGAAAUGUGCCAGUGACAUUUUCCAGGCCUCUAACCCGUACUUGCCCACAAGAGGAGGUAGCACUGUGGCCUCGGGGGGCCGAUUCCGUUGCCCAUCCUGCAGACACGAAGUGGUUUUGGACAGACAUGGGAUCUACGGGCUUCAGAGGAACCUGCUGGUGGAAAAUAUCAUUGACAUCUACAAGCAGGAGUCCACCAGACCAGAAAAGAAGUCCGACCAGCCCCUGUGUGAGGAGCACGAAGAUGAGCGCAUCAACAUCUACUGUCUGAACUGCGAAGUGCCCACCUGCUCUCUGUGCAAGGUCUUCGGGGCGCACAAGGACUGCCAGGUGGCUCCCCUCACUCACGUGUUCCAGAGGCAGAAGUCUGAGCUCAGCGACGGCAUUGCUGUCCUUGUGGGAAGCAAUGAUCGGGUCCAGGGAGUGAUCAGCCAGCUGGAGGACACCUGCAAAACGAUCGAGGAAUGCUGCAGAAAACAGAAACAGGAACUUUGUGAGAAGUUUGAUUACCUGUAUGGCAUCUUGGAGGAGAGGAAGAACGAAAUGACCCAAGUCAUCACCCGAACCCAAGAGGAGAAGCUGGAACAUGUCCGUGCUCUCAUCAAAAAGUACUCUGACCAUUUGGAGAACGUGUCAAAGUUGGUUGAGUCAGGAAUACAGUUCAUGGACGAGCCGGAAAUGGCAGUGUUUCUGCAGAAUGCCAAAACCCUGUUACAAAAAAUUUCUGAAGCAUCGAAGGCAUUUCAGAUGGAGAAAAUAGAACAUGGUUAUGAGAACAUGAACCACUUUGCAGUCAACCUCAGUAGAGAAGAAAAAGUAAUACGCGAAAUUGAUUUUUACAGAGAAGAUGAAGAUGAAGAAGGAGGAGAAGAAGGGGAGGGAGAGGGAGAAGAGGUAGUAGAAGUGGAAGAGGCGGAAAAUGUUCGAACAGAGUCAUCAGGAGGAGAUGAAACCCCAGAGAAAGGUCUGGAGUCCCGUCCGCCCACCUCAGAGCUCCAGGCUGCCCCAGAGCCUCCCCCAGCCCUGCCACCCGCUGCGGAUGCCCCGGUGACACAGGGGGAGGUUGUACCCACUGGCUCUCAGCAGACCACAGAGUCUGAAACUCCAGUCCCUGCAGCAACGGACACUGCGGAUCCCUUGUUUUACCCUAGUUGGUAUAAAGGCCAAACGCGGAAAACCACCACAAACCCACCUUCCACCCCAGGGAGCGAAGGUCUGGGGCACGUAGGGCCUUCAGGUUCUGAGGAUCCGAAUGUGCGGAAGGCAGAAGGGGCAGAAGCCGCAGCCAGUGAGAGGGCAGCAGUGAGUGGUAAGGAAACUAGCUCACCUGCGGCUACUUCUCAGACUGGAUUUGAGGACACUCCCCUCCAGGGACAGGCCGCAGCUUCAGGGAGUGGGAAUGGAGCUGAUUCUCAGCCAGCUCGCCAUGUCUUCUCCUUUUCCUGGUUGAACUCCCUGAAUGAAUGA